GUCAGUACUCCUGCAUAGUAGGUAGUAUUAUACUACAUACUAUGAGAUCUAGACCUCUUACUUAUCAUAUUCCCCUUAGACAGUGAUAGCUAGCUGGUGGAUCCUUUCGUUUCCAGACUUGUGGUUAUGGUAAGACAACUAACUACCACACCUACCAAGGCAUAGACGCCCGCGGGUCUGUCCUUUAUCGCAAACUCGGAAACUCUUCAAAAUCGAAAAUUGGCGCAAAUGUAUGCCAGAAAAUUGUUCACUAAGUUUCAGACGCCGGCAGAGACGCCCUCGUCUGCAACAAAAGAUUCGAAGAAGGGCGCUGUUGCUCUAUACAAUGAAAUCAAUUGUGCUUCUCUCGGUACUGUUCGUUUACGCAAUGAUCACACGGGUGAGAUCAUUCUCGUGCCUACGCCGUCCGACGACCCCAAUGAUCCCUUGAACUGGCCCCAAUGGUACAAAAAUGUUGUGGCUGCCCUCAUCUGUUGCGCAAUGCUCAUGUGCAACUUUCUUGCCGCUGGCCCUACAAUCGCCUUGGUAGAUACCGCACUCGACUUCUUUCCUGAUGCGGCUGAGCCGGACAGUAACUCGGAUGCAUAUGGCGACGCCGUCACUGCUGUCGCCUAUUACUUCACUGCAACUUCCCUCCUUCAGGGAGUAUCAAACUUUGUUUGGGUUCCCCUUGCCAAUAAAUACGGCCGUCGCCCAGUCUACAUCUUGAGCUAUUCCAUCUACCUCGCCUGUGCUGUAUGGUUGGUGUUUGAAGAGUCAUACAAUGGCUUCUUAGCAGGUCGCAUCCUCAUGGGAGUCGGCUCGGGAGCGGCGGAAACUAUCGGUAAACCUCUUCACAUAUUCACUUUGUCUGCUUCGGCGCCUCUGCCGGGGAAUCUUUUGUCGGGCCCCAGGCCUCUCGGACUGACUCUCUUUCAGCACCCAUCAGCAUCGCCGAUAUCUUCUUUCUCCAUGAACGAGGCGCGAUCAUGGCCCUAUACACUGCCUUCCUGAGUGCAGGGGUUGCUUUUGGAAUGAUCAUAUCGGGACUCAUCACCAUUGACCAUGACUGGAGAACAAUAUACUCCGUCGCUGCCGUGUUGAUAAGCAUGACUCUUCUUGGAGCCGUUCUCAUCUUUCCCGAGACGGCUCGAGACGCCUAUGUCGGAGACGCUCAUUCUGCGAGACCCGAAGCCAGAUAUCCCCUUCAAAACAUAGGACAACAACCAGCCGUGAGCGAUAUUGAACCAGAGCAUCAUGGUGGGCAACCGGUUUCUGCACUGCAAAAACGGGGAUACAUCCAAUCUCUCAAGGUAUUCUCAGGUGUGCACACGCGCGAGAGCAUCUGGAGGAUCGCAGUGCGCCCCUUUGGCCUGAUUCUUCUGCCUCCUGUUUUGUGGGCCGCCCUCGUGGAGUCGGUCACUAUAGGCUUUCUCGUCGCAGUGACGUCCAACGUGGAUGUGGCAUUUGAAGGAACAUAUAAUUUUGAGUCGUACCAGGUUGGACUGUGCUUCAUAUCAGGUGUCAUUGGCGCGCUCAUUGGCAUCUUUGCGGGCGGUCAUCUGAGCGACUGGGUUGCGGACGUGCUGACCAGACGCAACGGGGGCGUGCGAGAGCCCGAGAUGCGACUGCCCGCUAUGAUACCACCCCUGAUAACCACACCACUGGCCCUAGUACUUUUUGGGGUUGGCAUAGAGCAUAAGUUGCAUUGGAUUUGCCCCACAAUCGGCCUCGGUCUUCUCAACUUCUCUGUUACUUCAGGUACAAACGUCUGCCUUGUUUACGUCAUCGACGCCUACCGCCCCGUGGCUGGCGAGAUUACUCUAGCUGUCAUGGGUUUCAAGUCAAUCUUUGGCUUUCUCCUGUCAUUCUAUACGAACCCUUGGGUCGACGACGCAGGUUUCAUGGACGCCUACGGAUCCAUGGCGGGCAUCGCGGCGUUUGUCAUUCUUGGAUGGCUCCCGCUGUAUUUCUGGGGCAGUAGGAUCCGAAAAGCAACGCUCAGUUGGCCAGCUAUGAGGUUUGUCAAAUGGAGUCAUGAUAGGGAAGUAGGGGAGUAGUUUAAUUAUAUUGACUCUUUGUGAGAGUGACUGGGGUGACUUUUUAUGUUUUUCCAUCAAAGUAUAUGUGUGCAUAUACCAUAGUAGAUAGAUAAAUCGGAUCAAGAACCA